AAAAAAAAAAAAAAAAAAAAUCCGAGACGCCGGAAGUAAAACCUUUGACACAGUCAUGACCUCACGUACGCGCGGCCGCCAAAAGAGGUUAUGCGUGGUUAUAGCUGAGCGUUUUUGAACUAAAAUUCUGCAGUUUUUGAGCGUCAUUUUGCGCUUGAACUGCCGCGAUGGAGAGUCGCAGUUCCCCGGAGUCAGCCGUCGCAGACUCCUUUCUUCUUCUGUCCUCCCUGCGCCUCUUGGUUCCCCCUCUGCGCCUGCUGUCUGCAGCCAUGUGGCAGGUGGCACAGCGCAGAGACGUGCUGCAUUAUGGGAAGUUGGAGGAGUUUGUGACUUUGGUGACGGAGGCGCUCCCAGAACUAAUGACAUACAGACAAAGGUCCCAGCUCAUUCUGGGUUUGCGUGCAAGGCUGAUUCUUGAGAUGUGUCGAAUUGAGAGUCCCGUGGACCCUCAAGCCAUCGAGCCCCACCUGGAAAGGAUGCAGCUGCUCCCUGGAGCCCAAGAGCAUCCUUGGGUGCAGCAGGGGAGGGAUGAAGAGGUGGAGGUGUCAAAAGCUAACUUCCUGGAGUUGAUUCAACUCCUACUAAAAAACUCACCUGAGAGAGACUCCUUUUUCAAGGAUAUGUUCCCAGUGGCCUAUGGGCCCAGUUUUGACACAGCCCUGCAGAAGCUCCUCUGGGAGCUCCUCUCCAGACUGGAGAAGCUUUUGCCCGUGCCAGACCUCGACCAGACGGUGUCCUGGCUCAGUACUUCGCCUUCUGUUCUGGAGGAGUGUGUGCAGUCUCUCUCCCCACCCCAGCACCUGAGGACCAUUCUCCAGCAGUAUAAGUGUGUUGGACAUGUGGACACAGACGCACCUCUGUCGUCCAUGGGAGACUGUAUCCUCUCUGCUCUGUGCUUCCCUAACCUUGUGAGGAUGGCUGCUGCCACUCCCGAAGAAGCCAGCGACCCACCCGAUUAUAUGCAUGAUUCACUGGACUUCUUAAGUCCUGCUUUUGUGAGUGAGGAAGUUGUCAUUGAAUCAGAGGUUGAUAUUUACCCAGGAGUGGACUUGGAGCUCAGAACAGGUUUUGAGCUGGAGGAAGUCAGGUCGGACGAGCAGUCAACUGAUGGGGAUUGCUUGGGGGGACUGUCUAAGGAAAGUGGUCCAACGGAAGGAGGGGGAGUGGCACAGUCCUAUGAAGUGGCCAAGUGUGGUCAGGAAGCAGAGGCUACCGAUGAUGAGUCGGGGUCAGCAUGCAAAGUGGUGGCAUCUCUGGGUGUGGAGGUGGUGUCCGUAGGCAUGGAAACAGUUCCCGCGGAGGCUGUGCCCCUGGGUGGAGGUGCAGAGCACAAUUAUGGAGAGGCUAUGGAGCAAAGGAGAAGUGCAGAAGUUGUGGAGUCUGUAAGAGCUGAAGGUGACUUGCUGGUCGUGGAGGUGAAAGGACAUGAUGAGGAUGAAGUGAGGGGCUCAGAUGGAUUGCAGGAGGACAAAGAGAUGGCAGCUGGAAGAAAACCUACUUGUGGGCACCUCCAGGAGAACAGCCUGUCCCAUCUAGUUGCUUCCUGUCUGCUUCAGCAGCCAACGGUGCUCAUCCAGCGCCUCGCCAUUUCUGAUGUCUCGAAGCUGCCGCGUAGGGUGAGUGCUUGUGGCGAGCAACACACAUCUUUACUUGGAAAUCAUGCGAAGAUGCAGCAGCGGAGGAGACGGGACAGCAGCCGCAAGAGGAAGGCUAAGGUCCUCCUGCAGCUUGCCCUGAGACGGACAGCACCUUCCGAGAAGGAGAACAUCGCUGGGUCUACACACCAACCUCUGAUCACGUCCACUGAGGAAGAAAACACAGGUCAUAAGCAGGAGGAGUCUGCUCAGCCCUGCUCUCCCUUGUUUCCCAUGGAGGAAGUGAAUGUUCAACCACGGGUCCCGAAGGCUGGUGGAAAGGAGGGGGAUGGGAAGUCUCCAAGUGCUGGCAAGGACAGAACAGAGGGCCCGCUGUCCCACAGCAACGGACUCGAGGAGCCUCCACCUGGAGUGCCCCCAGGGGCGCACACCUGCCCACAGUGCAGCAAGAGUUUUCGAUCCCGGUCAGACCUGACAAGGCACCACCGCAUCCACACAGGCGAGCGGCCCUACCAGUGUGAGCAGUGUGGCAAGAGCUUCGGCAACUCGUGGGACCUCACGAGGCACGAACGCACACACACGGGCGAGAGGCCCUUCCACUGCUCGCAGUGUGGCAAGAACUUCACCCAACUCGGUUCACUGAGACUGCAUAACAAGCAGGCGCACAAGCGCGAGUGGCCCUUCCACUGCUCACAGUGUGGCAGGAGCUACCGCUUCUCGGCCGAGCUGGCGCGCCACAAGCAGAGCCACACCGUGAGCCGCCCACACAAGUGCCCGCUGUGUGAAAAGAGCUACAGCCGCGCAUCUGAUGUGCGCCGGCACCAGCUGCUGAACCACACGGACAAGCGGCCGCACCCAUGCCCCCAGUGCGGCAAAAGCUUCAAGACAUCGUGGGACCUGGCGAGGCACCGGCGUACACACACAGGUGAGCGUCCCUUCAUCUGCUCCCUGUGCAGUAAGGACUUCACUGAGCUGGGCUCCCUGAGGCUGCACCACCAGAGGGCUCACGAAGGGAAGGGCUUGUUCCGUUGCCCGCACUGCGACAAGAGUUUCACGGAACAUUCCGGAUUGAGGAAGCAUCAGCGGACGCACGCCGGGGAGCGCGUCUUUCAGUGCACUUUCUGCCAGAAGAGGUUCACCCGACUGUCGGUGCUGACCCGGCACCAGCGCAUCCACACCGGGGAGAGACCGUACCUGUGCUCACAGUGUGGCAAGAGCUUCCUGUCACACGGAGAGCUUUCAAAGCACCACAAGUGCCACACAGAGGAGCGGCCCCACAUUUGCUCGCAGUGCGGCAAGGGUUUCAAGAUGGAGGCGGCACUCAAGAAGCACGUUCAGACGCACUUGGGCCAGUGCCCAUACCCGUGUCCUCACUGCGAGAAAACCUUCACUAACAGAACGGGCUUGUCUAGGCACAAGCUCAUCCACACGGGUGAAAGGCCGCACCUCUGCCCUCAGUGCGGGAAGACCUUCCUGUCUGUGGGGGAGCUGCUCAUACACCAGCGGUACCACACGGGGGAGCGGCCGUACCACUGCGCGUACUGUGGCAAGAGCUUCACCCAGUCGUGCUACCUCACGGUGCACCAGCGCAGCCACACGGGCGAGAAGCCCUACUCCUGCACCGUGUGCUCCAAAAGCUUCUCGCACUCGACGCCACUCAAGAGGCACAUGCGAACCCACACUGGGGAGAAGCCCUUUCUGUGCCCCGAAUGUGGCAAGAGCUUCGGCCGCCUGUGUCAGAUGAAGACGCACUUGUUAACUCACGCGGCGCAGUGAAGCAGUGACCUUUUGUUUUUGCAGGUUUAUGUGAUUUUAAGUCUAGAAACACAGCUGAAAUGUAAAAUCCAAUAUUUAAAUGGGAACGCAUGUAGUGAGGAGCUGCUUGUAGUAUAUUUGUAAUUCAGCCCUGAAGUAUCUUUGCGCUCUCCAGACAUCCGGAGAGGUGUUAUGAACCAUCCGCACCAGAUGGCCGUUUUUGUGUUCUAUUUUUGUAAACCCUUAGCAGUACUGAGUGCUGUGACAACACUAGUUUAGUUCAGGUACUGUAAUUGGUACACAAAUUGCACUGGAAAAGGUGCAGGUAUUGAACAGUAUUAUUUCAGGAGUUGGGUUGUGUCAGUUUUAAAGAUGGAUAGUUUUUCUGAACACACCCUGCAACUGAUUUGGCAUUUUUUUUAUAUGAUAAACGGGUGAAACAUUCUG